AUGUCGCUCCAUACGAGUUCCCUGCACAAUUUGCACAUGCGUCUACAGCGACUGAUUGUGCAAUGUUCAAAUAACACAGGAGGCAUGAAAGUUCAACUGGCCAAACUGGAAGCUGAAAGAGAACCUAUCUAUUUGAAACGCUGUGUCAUUCCCUAUGACCAGCGUGAAGGUGUGUUGAAAGCUCUGAAGAAAAUGGAGCAUGACGGCAUCCUCACUCGUGUAACAUCCAGCGCGUGGGCAACACCAAUUGUGAUCGCAACUGAAAGUGGUGAUAAGACACCAAGAUUUUGUGGUGACUACAGACUCACACUCAAGCCCCGGCUGCGAAAGUGUGCGACCACUACUAUGGAACCAGAAGACUUUAUGAAAGCUUCACAUGGCAGCACAUGUUUUUCGAAGAUUGACUUGGCUGACGCCUACCUCCAGAUCCCGCUUGAUCCCGCAUGCCGCCAAUUCACCACGAUCAAUACAUCAUGGGGAUUAUACCAAUGCAACUUCUUUCCAUUUGUUCUCCACACAUCAUCCGGCAUAUUCCAGGUGGCCACAGACGAAGUUAUUCAUGGACUUGAUGGCGUCCUAGCGUACCAGGAUGAUAUCAUUAUUUUUGGUGCAACGAAAGCCGAACAUGACGAACGCCUCACUAAUCUCCUGGAACGUUUCGCCUAG